CACGACAUAUGGAGUAGGAGGAGAAAAACAUUUUUUCAUUGUAAUCCUAAUUCAAUUGUCUUAGCAAUUUUUUUUCUUUUUCCUUUUUCAGCUCACUUUGGAAGAUUUGUCUGUCCCAACUGUAACAAGAGGUACAAAUGGUCAUCCUGCCUGUCGCGCCACCUCAAACACGAGUGUGGGAAAGAACCAAAGUUCCAGUGUGAAUUUUGCUCCAAGAAAUUUUCACAGAAAUCCAAUCUGAAAAGUCAUGUUGCUCUCAAACACCUGCCAAUCAGUAGUCGUCUAAUGUGUUUUAUUUUGACAGACAAAAGGUUCGUGUGUGAAUGCGGAAACAGAUAUCGCUACCGAUCUGGGCUCUACAGGCACAAGAACUACGAAUGUGGAAAAGAACCGCAGUUCUCCUGCGCUUUCUGCAGCAAGCGGUUCAAGCAAAAACCCAACUUGAAGAUUCACCUGGCUUCCAUGCACAAUGCCAAGCUCCACCAUUCAUAUAUAAAAUAAAUUAUGUACUGAUGAUUUAGCUUCCAAAAAUGAAUCUCCCCGUUAUUUCUUAAAUUGUUUUUUUUCCUUCUAACAUUUCUUGUUGUUUAAUACAGACAAAAGGUUCUUCUGUCAUUGUGGAAAUGGAUAUCGUUAUCGAUCAAGCCUUUACCGCCACAGAAACCACGAGUGUGGAAAGGAGCCACAGUUUUCUUGUCGCCUCUGCAGCAAACGUUUCACCCAGAAGACGACUCUGAAGAGCCACCUCGCUUCCAUACAUCACGUGUAUGAAAUG